UCCCUCUUGUCAACAGCACUUCUUAUAUCCUUCCCUUGGUCAUUUCCCUCACCGUCUCAAAUUCCUCGACUCCUUUCCCCGCUGGUCGGCCCUUGUCAAACACCUGUCUUCCGCAACAUCGCAAAGUCCUUUAUCUCAUCAUCAUGCCUACCCGUAACGCCACUCCCGUUGUUCAGAGGCCCCAGUCUGUGAAGACGUCAGGUACGGCAAAGGCGACUGCAAAUGCGAGGGCACCUGCUCUUGCAAAUGCAUCUACUCCUGCCGCUCGUUCGGCCGCAGCCCCCCCUGUCAGGGCUGCGGUCGCUGGUGGAGUGAGAAAGACCACCACGGGCAGCGGAAACACCAGCCGCAGCAGCAGCCCGCCCAAGACCACGGGCAGCGGAAACACCAGCCGCAGCAGCAGCCCGCCCAAGACCACGGGCGGCGGCGGCGGCGGUGGCGGCCCCCCUCCGCCUCCCCCCCCUCCUCCGCCUGCCCCUGCUCCGAGUUCAGUUCCUAGAGCGUCGACGGCUGUCUCCGCUCCAGCCGUUGCUCCUGUGGGUCCUGCCGGCUCCCUCCUUGUGUCUCUGGCCAUCUUUAACGGCCAUCCGUUUAAAGACCACUGGGGCUUUCUCGUGCGGAAGUCCAAGAAUACCCAAGAGGGCAUCUUUCUGCACGCCGUUGGCGAUGUGAAGAACGGGUUCAAGCUUGAGAUCAAGCGCAACGUCGACUUCGAAGAGACCAGCCGCAAACCGCAGCUCAUUAACCUCCAAUGGGUUGAUGCCAGGCACUUCAACGAGACCAUGUGGAACAACCGCACGUACAAAGUCGAGAAGCCCGGCCACCCGAUCUGCCCAUUUGAGGUUAGCGCGGCAAAGGCGCCGGUGCCGGCCCGGACUCUGAAUGCAGUUGAUGAUAUGGUCCCUUCUUCCAACCCGCCCCGGAGGCUAACCCAGCGCAACUGCCAAACUUGGAUCAUCGAGGCUGGCGAGAAGCUGGUGGACGAUGACAUGUUCACUCAGGCCGUGCUCAACUACCUCAAGGCCAAGAAACAGUGACGAUGGUAAAUUCGAAGGCGACGCACGGCGGACCGGGGCAGAUCAACAUCGGAUAUUUUGGAUACUUUGCAUUGGGUAGUAAUAGGGUUGGCUGGCCCACUCUACUAGACUUGAGAGUUGAGAUCAUAGAUUCAAUUGACUUGGAGUUUAUUCGCCG